CCUCGGUCCGUGACUCCAGAGAAAGUUGGGAAAAGAAGUUUACGGCCACUUGAGUGCGCAAUUACGUAUCCUGCAGACGCGCUCCCUUUGUUGUGGACUCGCAGCUGAAAGUGACAUUCUGCCUCCAGCUGUGCUCGAUCCAGCUGUUGUCGAGGGGGGGUGCAUGAGGAUGGUGGAGAGCCGCAGCUGUGUGCAGAGGGAGGGGGUGUUCCGCUGGUUCUCCUGCCUCACCUCCGCCCAGAGAGCCGAGUUCCUGUGCGGGCUGCUGGACCUGUGCGUGCCCGUGGAGCUGCGGUUCCUCGGCUCCUGCCUGGAGGACCUGGCCCGCAAGGACUACCACUCGCUGCGGGACGCGGAGAUCCGGGCCAACAACCCGCAGGACCUUUCGGGUCUCACCAACAUCACCGACGAGGUGGUGCGCAGCAAACUGCUGGUGUCCCUGGCCCUGCUGGGCUCGGGCAGCCGGGAGGCGGCGGGGGUCCUGUACCGGACCCUCACCCACACGGACACGGUGAUUAACAACUAUGGAAUGGCGCUGAACGACGGGAGGACGGAGGAGCAGUUCCUCCUGCUGUUCACCAUGGCCUCCAACCACCCGGCCUUCAGCUUCCACCAGAAGCAGGUGCUGAGGCAGCAGCUCGGACAGAUCCAGGACAUCCUGCAGAGCCAGAGCAGAGAGGCCGGCACUGGGUCGGGGUCGGGGGUCACCGUGGGACGAGGAGACCAAGCAGUCGACCUCAGCCCUCCUGUCCCAGACCUCCCUCCUCCUCCUCCACCUCCACCACCUCCUCCUCCUCCUCCACCACCUCCACCUCCUUUACCUCCUCCUCAUCUCCCCCUCUCUCUACCUGCUGGACAAGGCCUGGAUGCAGCAGCAACAAACAUCCACCAGGGGAAAACAGGAAAAGUGGAGAUCGAGAGGCUGAAGCUGAGAGGAGUGACGCACACGUGUGAAGACAACAGGGAGUACGUGUUCGAGGUGAGCUGGUCAGAUGGUUUUGUGUUGUCCGUUGUGCGAUCCCAUCAGGAGGUGACGGAGCUGUUGUCCCAGCUGUCUGAGGCGUUUCCUGAUGAAGGAGUGGAGAAGCUCCUCCUCCAGUUCACUGAGCCGGAUCCCAGGUGUCUGACAGCGCUGCCCGGCCACGUCCUCCAGCACCACAGCGUCCAGCUGUUCUUCACCUCCACCAGGCCUCUCUCACCCAAGUGUCCUUCCUCCCUCUCUUCCUCCUCCUCCCCCCCUUCACCUGCCUCCCCUCCCACGGCUCCCGUGACCCCGACCUGCCCGUUCACCUCCAGCUCCAAUCUGGGCUGUGCUCUUCAGUACCGAGGAGCGAACAGGGCGGUGUACCGCGUGGCGAGCGUCCAGCCGGUGGUCAGCAGCCACAGCUCCGUCCUCACCCGCUCCGCUCCUCACCUCUCCUCCCUGCCUCCUCCUCUCCCUCCCUCCCUCCCGCCUCCCCAGCACCCCUCCCAGCUGUCCUCCCUCUCUCCCGCUCUGCCGCCGCUGCCCUGCCAGCGCUCCAUGGCGUGCGGCGGCGGCGGCGGCGAUAACUCCCCCCAACACAGUCAGUCGCACUCCUUCCCUCAACACUCCCAACACCACCUCCUCCCCCAAACCUGCACUCAGCCGGCGUCCCUCUCACAUUCCCAGUCCCUUCCAUACUCGCCGUCCCGCUCCCUGUCCCACGCCCAGCCGCCGCCGCCUCAGCCCGGCGGCGCCGAGCAGAACGGAAUCCUGGACUGGCUCCGCAAGCUGCGGCUCCACAAGUACUACCCCGUGUUCAAGCAGCUCACCAUGGAGGAGUUCUUGGCGCUGACAGAGGAGGAUCUGAACAGGUACGACUUGACCCAGGGAGCCAAGAAGAAACUCAAGACGCAGCUGGAGCUUCAAAACAGGGAGAUGAAAAUGGAGAAGCGCUCCUGCAGGGUGACGCCCUCCAGUCACAUGGGACCCUCAGCUCACAUCUCCACCUCAGGAGAGCUGCGUGUGGAGGUGGACCCAGCGUCGCACCCCCACCCGGUCUCCACGGACAGCAGCUCCUCCUCGGGCUACUCCAGCUCCUCCUGCUCCUCCUGCUCCCCCCGGACCCCCCACGGCUGUGACUCCUCCUUCGACCGGAUCAGGGACCUUCACCGGAGAGUGUCGGGUGCAGACGUCGGGGGGGCGGCAGCAGAGAAGGAGCGGUCCUGCCUCUUCCUCCUGAGCUCCGGCUGUCCCUCGGGCUCCGGUCGUCCCACGGCCCAGGUCCUUCCUGUCCAGACUGACCCAGCUCCGCCCCCCCACCCUCCCUCCGGCUCCUCCCACCUCCCCUUCGGCCUCCCACAGUCUCCCUACCACCCCCCCCAGGCCGGCUACCCUCAGACCCUCCUCUGCCCGGUCUCGAACACGGCUCGCAUCCUGACCUCCCCACGGAAGCCCCGGCCCCCCCCACUGUGCACGGAGGACCGGAUGAAGCCGCUGGGUUCGGGUCUGCCGGCGGGGGGGGUGGCGGUGGGGGGGUUCGGUCCGGGGCUCGGGGGGGGCGCCGUGGGUCUGAUGGUGGAAACCAGCUCGGCUCUGACCUCCACCUCCAACAGCCUCCACCACGUAUCCCACCCCCCUCUCCACUUCCACCUGUCCUCCUCCUCAUCCCCCUCUCCGUCCGGAUACUACUCCUAUCCUCCUUCUUCCUCCUCUUCCUCCUUCUCUUCUUACUCCUCCUCCUCCUCUUCCUCCUUCUCUUCUUUCUCCUCCUCCUGUCCCUCCACAAAGACCGGCUCACUCUCUGGGAGUUUGGGUGGUGGCUUUGUUGCCAUGGCGACCAGCAGUGUUCCUGUGGCCGCGGUACCCGGAAACACGUACUACCCCGCCCAGCCGACCUCCAGCCCCUCCCCCUCGCCGUCCUCUGCCUCCUCAUUGGAUCAGAACUCAGGCCACACCCCUUCCGUGUGCGUUUGCAGCUCCUGUGGUUGUCGGGGGAACUGCGGCGCCUAUGGAACGUUGCCUGGUUACGCCGCGGCGGGCUACCUGCAGCCCUUCUCGGCCGGCCCCUCCCUCUUCACCCUGGGUCACCUCCUCCACCUCAGCCCCCUGCUGGCCUCGCCCGGCGCCACCGGCUCCACGCCCUUCUCCUACCCCAUGAUGAUGCCUCCGCCCCUCUACCGCCACAGCCCUGUGUCACAUGACCAGCAGCAGGGCUUUGGGUUCUACCAGCCGCACGGCAUCAUGGGAAACGUAGGCCAGAAGCGGGCGGCGGGCAGCCUGUCGUGUUAUAACUGUGGCGCGAACGGACACCGAGCCGAGGACUGCAAACAGCCGCCCAUGGAGUCAGUGCAGCAAGGGACGUUUCGGCUGAAGUACACCCCCCGCUCGGACACUAAGGACUCGGGGGACUGACCAGCAGCUGGGAUCCGACCCGUCGUCCUCCCGACACACCUGCACCUCGUGUUCCUGCUGGACGGAGACAAAGGGACGAGCACACAGACUGACAGGCAGAGACCUCUUCUUUCCUUUUGAAUUCUUCUGCAGCAGAUAAGAGAGACGAGAGCCGGAUGGAGCCUUUCUGAUCGGAUUACUUCUCCUCCCUCCUCAGAUCUCCUCAGAUACAAAGGUCCCAAGGAGAGGUGGGAUUUGUAAAACUCUGCCAUGCUUCAUUUCAGAGACUAAACUCUGACUCAUCCACAGAGGAAACAGACAUCAGACACGUUACCUUCACCAGAGAGAGACUCAGAUUAAUCACUGAGCAUCGCUGGUUCACAAACCAAAGGCUCAGCACUGCAGCUUCCUGGUGACGUCCUGCAAACAACUUGUUCUAAAUCACAAAACGCAUCUUCUAGUCUAGAGACAGACUGGAAACGGUGAGAAUCUACCGUUUUCUGUUGAUACUCAGCUUUAAAACCUGGAUUCUUCUGUACGUCGUUUGAUUCGUUCAGAGCUGUGUCCCACUGCCACACAACACACUCAUUAUAUGAUAUAGUGUAUUCUACUUUUCUUAGUUAUAUGAGAAGUCAAAAUAGAGAACUGUUUUAAAUGGUAAAUCUCCUGUAUUCAUAUAGAUCUUUAAUAGUCUUGAUCACCUCUCAAAGUGCUUUACAGUACAGUUUAUUGCCUUUCACACAUUCACACACAUAUUCAUACAGUGCAUCUAUGAGCAGCACUUUAUUUAUGAGGCGUUCAGUGUCCCACCCCCCUCGGCCAUAGUAAACAGUAGAUGAUGCAAAACAUGCAAAGACGAUCAAACCGCCACUUUAAAACUUCACUGUCCAUUUCACUUUAUAGAAGCAGCUAAACGUUGUUAUUAAUUUAAUUUUCUGCAGGUUAUUUACAGCACUAAAGACAAAUGAAUUCCUACAUUAACUGUGAUUCCAAAGAUGUCGUUCUCAAACCCUUCUGACAAAGAAAUGUACAUUGAGGUUUGAUGUUUUACAGUUUAACCAAAAGCACACAAAAACAACCAAAUAUCUAGAACUAGAAGCAAGAAAAUAAACAUUUUUAUGUCAAAUACAAAACCAAAUAUUUUCUGCAUCGUUUACAUAUUGCCAACACAGACACAGACACAGAUAUCUGUCCAGGGACACAGUGUAAACGUCCGUGUGGAAGCUGAGGAUCUCAGCGCUGCACCUUCUCCUCCAGGUUUCUCCUUCAGCUGAACCGAUCACGUGUGGACGAUCUUCUCUUCUCUUCUCUUCUCUACCUCUCCUCUUCUCUCCGCUCCUGCUUCUAACUGAAGACUCUCAGUCGGCAGCUGCAUCUCCAGUUUACACCAGUGUGCCUGUUGCAUUUCAAAGAGGAGAUAAACAUUUCAAAAGUGCUGAUUCUUCUUCCAGCUCGACUCGUUCUCUCGCUCCAGACGUGAUGGAGCUGCGUCCUUUUGUAAUUAAUUUGUAGAGUGUUUGCGUCAGAUUAAAACCAGGUUGUUUAUUAAAAAGGUCUCACAGGGAGUUGGAGUGUGUGGCUGUGAGUGAGCUGCUGGGCCGGACCCGGAGUUCUACAGACACGAGGACAGCCGGUCCUUCAGAUGAAUCCGUUCCCCUGGAGCCGCACGGGACGUUUAUUUAAAAGAGUAAAUAAUGAACAAUCGGUUUGUGUAACUUGGACAAUGUGCUUUUGUAUUGUGUUGUCAGGAUCUGACUGAGAAUGAACUGUUACGUCUAUUUAAAUUUCAACUGUGUCUCUAGUCACAAAGAAAAAGAGAAAAGUGCCUUAAACUUUAAUAUUGUUCUUUUUUGUACCAAAGAAAAACUUUUUUACAAAGAGCUCCAGCGUUUCUCCACUUCUCAGUCAAGCUGCAUCGAGUUGCUUCAUCUUCAGUAAAACCUGCUUUUGAAAUAUUUGUGCCAAGUUUAUAAAAAUCAUGUUCGUUUGUUGGACAGAUUUUCUGUUUUUUAUUGUUUUGUGUGUUUUACAACUUUAUCUGAAGUUUGAGGGAAAAAAACAUUUGAAUAAUAAAAAAAAUGCCAGU